UAUAGUGAUCUUUAAAGCACCGCUCGCCCGGUAGAUGUUGAGGUACAAACCGAAUGAGCCUAUGGUUGGAUGUUGUGAAUAAACAAAACCGCUUUUUAUUUUUAUUGUCGAUGUUCUGAAAAUGUGAGCGUUUAUUUGGACGUUUUAAAGGAUGUUGUUCAUGCGAUGUUCGAGCAGGCUUCAUUAAACCUGGAAGCAGAGGGAGGGGCAACCUUUGGGGUUUUUACAUGGUAUAUGUCUGCAUGAAAUAAAAAAACACACAGGCUGCAGACAUGAAGAUCACAGACAGCGUGUUGCGAAGUUUCAGGGUUGCAAGGACAUAUCGAGAAAACUCCCAGAAAGUAAACUGUGUGGACUUCAGCCCAAAUGGGGAAAAUGCGAUAUCAAGCAGCGACGAUGACUGUAUUGUGUUAUAUGACAUCCGGGAAGGAAAGCCUAAAAGGACCCUGUUCAGCAAGAAGUAUGGAGUAGACCUCAUCCGCUACACACAUGGAGAUGCACAGACUGUAGUCUACAGCUCCAACAAGCUAGAUGAUACCAUCCGAUACCUGUCACUCACUGACAACAAGUACAUCCGGUAUUUCCCCGGUCACACUGCAAGAGUCAUUGCUCUCUCCAUGUCACCAGUGGAUGACACGUUUAUCUCCGGCUCUCUGGAUAAGACGAUCCGGAUCUGGGACCUGCGCUCUCAAAACUGUCAAGGUUUGACUAAUCCACUGGGGAAACCUGUAUGUUCCUUUGACCCCGACGGGCUGAUAUUUGCAGCAGGGGUGGAAUCACAGGCCAUUAAAUUAUACGACCUUCGUGCUUUUGACAAGGGUCCCUUUGCCUCCUUUGAGACGAGGUUUAAUCGUAUGUGUGACUGGACUGGACUCAAAUUCAGUAACGAUGGGAAACAGAUUCUCAUCUCCACCAAUGGAGGGAUGAUUCGCGUCCUGAAUGCCUUCAAUGGAUCUGUGCUGCACACUUUUUCUGGCUACAACAACAGUAAAGGCAUCUCCCUGGAAGCCUGUUUCACUCCCGACUCGCAGUUUGUCAUGAUCGGCUCAGAGGACGGGAGAGUCCAUGUUUGGGGCACUGAGAGCGGGAUGAAGGUGGCCGUGCUGGAUGGGAAACAUCCGGGGCCAAUCAACACACUGCAGUUUAACCCCAGAUACAUGACGUUCGCUAGCGCCUGCACUAACAUGUUGGUGCUAGACUGGUUCAGAGAGCCAGUACAGAGCUGGGACAAGGAUUACGAUCAGUUCCUGCUUCCUCUGCUCACGCCUCAGGAACCCUGCUACAUCCUCUACCGUCUGGACUCCCAGAAUGCACAGGGAUACGAGUGGAUCUUCAUCGCCUGGUCACCUGACCAGUCGCCAGUGAGGCAGAAGAUGGUGUAUGCAGCCACCCGUGCCACACUGAAGAAAGAGUUCGGAGGAGGUCACAUCAAAGAUGAAAUAUUUGGCACAGUCGAGGACGACCUGUGCUUCCAGGGAUACCUGCGACACAUGUCCUCCUGCUCCUCCCCGGCUCCUCUCACAGCAGCCGAGCAGGAAUUACAACAAAUUAAAGUCACAGAGGAUAAAGUUGUAUGGGAUGAACGUAGACGAAUUGGGACUCCAACAGCGCGAGCAAGGGUUACAAUGGAGUUUGGCUUGGACAAAAGGGCGCAGACUCUUCAAGGUCUUGCAUUCCCGUUACAAGAAGAGGCCAAACGAGCUCUGCAGCAACUCAAGCAGAGACGUAUCAACUACAUACAGCUGAGGCUGGAUGUAGAGAAAGAGACCAUUGAGCUGGUUCACACCAAACCUACAGAGAUCCACGAGCUUCCCUACAGGAUUCCCACAGAUUCACCCAGAUACCACUUCUUCAUCUUCAAACAUUCCCACCAGGGCCAGCUGCAGGAGGCACUGGUGUUCAUAUAUUCAAUGCCUGGAUACACCUGUAGUAUCAAAGAACGGAUGCUGUAUUCCAGCUGUAAGAACAGGCUACUGGAUGAGGUGGAGAGAGACUACCAGCUGGAGGUCACCAAAAAGAUGGAGAUAGACAGUGGCGACGGCCUGACAGAAGACUUCCUGUAUGAAGAGGUCCACCCGAUGGAGCACACCUUAAAGCAGGUCUUUGCCAAGCCCCGCGGACCGGGAGGGAAGAGGGGCAACAAACGUCUCAUCAAGGGUGCAGGGGAGAACGGGGAAGAAAGUUAGACAUUAUACACUCACAUAAGACAUUACACACACACACACACAAACCAACACGAUAUCUAUGAAUUGACUUGUUAUUUGACUGUUUAGUUUCUAGCCAUUUCUUCUUUUUAGUGGUGGACAUUCAUUUCACACUGGAAACAGGAGAAAAUAGAUCCACCAUAAAGCAGAAUUCAUUCAUAUUUUCCUUUGAUGAAAGAUGUAAACAAGAACACUGUUGGUAGUCUAAUUGGCUGAUAUGUGAACACAUCUUUUGGUUUAUUUAAAUUAAAUUACAUUUUGAUUUACAUGAAAACCUGUGAGAUUAAGUUGUUAUUCCUCUUAAACCCUACUGUUGCACCAGUGUGUCACAAUACAAACACAAACUAUUGUGCAGCCAAACUUUUCAAAACAAACUUUAUUUUCAAUUAUAGUGGAGAUCAAAAAUGUUCUAGAUACCAAAUAUGUCUGGAGGAAUUUUGGGGAAAUGGGUAUUGAUCGAUUGAUUUUAUUUAAGGAUUAUUGGAAACAGGAAAAAAAGGAAAAAAAUC